CUGGCUAUUAGUAACCCGGUCGGGUCGUUUAGGGUUUUGAGGAAGUGAGGCUGAAGUUCCCAAAGCCUCCAUCUGCUUGACACUUUCAAGCUUCAGCAUCUUUCAGUCAUGGCCGAGCAGACGGAGAAGGCAUUUUUGAAGCAACCCAAAGUGUUUUUAUGCUCGAAGAAAUCAAGCAAGGGAAAAAGACCUGGAAAGGGCGGGAACCGUUUCUGGAAGAGCAUUGGUUUGGGCUUCAAGACCCCAAGAGAAGCCGUCGAAGGAACUUACAUUGACAAGAAAUGCCCAUUCACUGGCACUGUUUCUAUCAGAGGACGUAUCUUAGCAGGUACCUGCCACAGUGCCAAGAUGAUGAGGACUAUUGUUGUUAGACGGAAUUACCUUCAUUUUGUGAAGAAAUAUCAAAGGUAUGAAAAGAGGCAUUCAAAUAUUCCUGCACACAUCUCACCAUGUUUCCGUGUGAAGGAAGGAGAUCAUGUCAUUAUUGGCCAAUGCAGGCCAUUGUCCAAGACAGUGAGGUUCAAUGUGUUGAAAGUUAUUCCAGCUGGAUCUUCUGGUGGUGGCAAGAAGGCUUUCACUGGAAUGUGAAGUGUUUCUUGAUUUGAAUUAGGUUGGUGUUGAAACCAUUGAGUUAAAAUAUGAUCUGAUUAAGGAAGAGAAGUCUUAUAAAAAUUUUGGAGCACUAUAGAUAUUAUGAAUGAUAGAACGAUAGAGCCUUUUGUCAUUAUAUAUGAUUUUGGAACCAUGAAAUCUUGAAUUUUGAAGAUUACUACGCUAUAUGUUAGUUAAAUAUGGAAUUUUGUGGUUAA